GAAUGAGGGGGGGGGGGGGACGCUAAUGAGAUGCUGUGAUUAAUUAGCAGGAAGGUAAGCGAUUGAGGCUGGCAUUUGGCCAACGUUUGGAAAUCCCCAUAAGGGACGGUCACGCGGUGACGAAUGUUCCAGGGGGGAAAUGGGGAGUGGGACAGGGGGGUCAGGGGGCACAGACAGCCCCAGAGGGUGCACGGACACCGCUGGGGGACACGCGGGCACACCCGGAGGACACAAGGGUCGGGGUCGAGGCGAUGCCGCGUGGUGGGGUGACCCCACACCCGACCCCGCACCACGCGGCCCGGGCACGGCUCCAGGCCGGCCCCGUGCUGGGGUGACGCAGCGCCGCGGCCGUGUGACACCGUGAAAUCGCAGCCCCGCCGGUGCCAGCGGACGGGAUUGGGGAACGGCGAUCCCCUCCCACCCACCCACCCCAUAAACCCGCGGCGCCCGCACCCAGCGCCGCGCCGGCACCAUGGGCACCGCGCGGAUGUGGCUCGUCGUCCUCGCCGCUGUCACCGCUGUCAUGGCCCAGGAAGACCUCUACCGAAAGGUGUUUGUGUUCCGGGAGGACCCCAGCGACGCGUACGUGCUGCUGCAGGCGCGGCCCGAGCACCCCAUGCUCAACUUCACCGUGUGCCUGCGCUCCUACACCGACCUCACGCGGCCCCACAGCCUCUUCUCCUACGCCACCAAAGCGCAGGACAACGAGAUCCUCCUCUUCAAACCCAAACCCGGCGAGUACCGCUUCUACGUCGGGGGGAAAUACGUCACCUUCCGCGUCCCCGAGAGCCAGGCG